AAGCAGCGUCAACGAGAACAACAACGAAAAAAAGGAGCGGGUCGUAAUCACUAAAUAACGCGCUUUAUCUGUUGUUAAAAACAAUCCUCUAGUAUGAAAUUACAUAUACAUCGCAUUAAGAAUAACGCGCCUUUUUUAGCACUGCAGUCCUCCGCUAAUUGAAAAAAAGUAGUAAGACACAUGCAUAUCGUCUACACGUACAACGCAGGUAUUAUUAAUCUGGAAUACGCCGAGCCGACGUCGACAUCACUAAUCUUCGGCUCGUUUUCAAUGUUUGUGAUAUUCACAUACCUUAAGCUACUUUACAUACUCGUGGCAAUUUAUGUGGCGCUGCAUGUGCUCGCCCAUUGAAGAAGCAGAAUCAGGUGGAAG